CUUGCCAGGACUACCACAUUACAAGACAUGCUGGGAAAGCUAUUGUGAUUACUGCAUGGCUUUACUAACUCCUCAAGACUCUCCUCGUCAACUGCUGUGGUCGGGCUCAUGUGGCUCUGAUCGGCCGCUGAGUGAUCCAUUGCAAGCUGACGUCUGCCUGCGACAGUCUUCGCACAGCAAUCAUGACUUGGUACACAGUCAGCUAUAGAGGAUUUCAAACUCACGAUGGAGGACGGAAAGGUGAAUUGCUCCGAAGCCGACCUAGACAUAUUUGAAGCACAGACCAUUUGGCGGCGUCAUAUUACCAAUCUCGGAACGACGAUGUUCAACACCCUUGUGGUGAGGCUAUCGAGCACUGUACAUAAUGUUGUCCUCUCGCACAUGUCACUAGAUACAGCAUCGCGAGUCGAAGCGAAUGACAGGCAUGGAACCCUCAGCAGAGAACACUUGCCGAUUGGCCAAGGCUUUCAGCAGCCUCCGCGACGUGGCACAACAGAUGACGCGUAAAGCGCCGACUCGCGCCGUCGCUCUUCCCACCUACUCGACCUUGUCAGAAACCAGCAUCGAACGAAGAGAGGCCUCUCUGUCCGCCACAACCGAAUCAGAGAGCGAGACGUUCCUCUAUCUUGCCUACGGCUCCAAUCUGUGCAACGAAACGUUCCGCGGCAAGCGUGGAAUCAAACCGCUGUCACAAAUCAAUGUGCAGAUACCAGAACUACGUUUGACUUUCGAUCUGCCCGGCAUAGCUUACUCGGAGCCAUGUUUUGCGAACACCGGUCGUCGCGACCCUGAGAAGGAUCUACCUUCUCUGUCAGAGAAAGAAGGAAUUCCACAGUCCAAGGAUUAUCACAAGAACAGAUGGCAUAAAGGCUUGAUUGGCGUCGUGUAUGAGGUCACUUCUACCGACUACGCCCACAUCAUCGCUACUGAAGGAGGAGGCGCGUCCUACCAAGACAUUCUUGUCGACUGUUAUCCCUUCGAGUCUUCAGAUCCCGCUCAGCCUGUGCCUGUCUAUCCUACUACCACACCUUUCAAGGCACACACCUUGUUUGCUCCUGCUAUACCAUCAGGUGUUCAGCCUCCAAAAGAGGGUGGAAGGAUCCAGCGCCCUGACACAUCUUACGCUCAAGCUUCAGCUCGCUACCUGAAGCUUAUUACCGAUGGAGCCGCCGAGUGUCAAUUGCCGUACGAGUAUCAGAACUACUUGAACGACAUCCGACCAUACACAAUCACCUCGAACAAACAACAGAUGGGCCAGUUUGUCUUCCUCACUCUAUGGUUGCCUUUCAUCUUGUUCAUCUUCUCUCUGAACGCCAGGUUUGCCGAUGCCGGCGGUCGAACUCCACCCUGGCUUCGCAUACUUUCGGAGUCCAUCUUUCGAUCCUGCUGGAGGACAUAUGAUGGUUUCUUCAAACCCAUCUUUGGUGACGGAGAGCGAACGACACCGGCGGAGGAUCGAGUUGCCCACCAUAUGCUAAGCCAAGACACUCGACUCGAGAGUGGUACAAUAACGGAUGAGGAGAAGGAUUUCCUACCUGUAUAGUCAUCGAUCGAAUCAGCCUGUUCAGUAGUGUUCAAACAAUGCUCACCGAAGUCUGCGUACCAGGUGACCCCUUCCGUGCGCAUGAGAACGGAGUCAGCAUCGCCACAACUCAUUCUUGUCAGCACAAAGGAGACUACAAAGGAACUCCGCUUCCUUUCUACAGCAUCUGUAUGCCACUGAACGCGGAACAAAGCGAUCAAUAAUUUUCGUGCGUGGAUAAAGAGCGACUU